GCACCGGACCGCCUGAUGGGUAAAAAAAAAAAAAGGAAACAGUGGUGCACUCUCUGCUGCGCGCUCCCGACACAUCACUUCGGUCCUGCACUUUACCGUCCCGUCGAGUGAUCCCAAGCAGCCCGCAAGAUGACCAUCAAUACCAUGGCUAAAGGAGGCUGGCACCGGGAGCAAAUGGCAUGCUUUCGAAAGAUGGAGAAAGUGAUUGUGGCCAUGCAGGACCCUGACAUGGGCAUGAAGAUGAGAAACCAGAGGCUCCUCAUCACUAUCAUUCCACACGCCAUGACAGGGCGUGACAUGAUUGCCUGGUUGAUCCAGAAGUACUGUGUCUGUGAGGAGGAGGCACUGCACAUCAGUGGCAUGCUGGUGAGAUACGGCUAUAUAUACCCCCUCAAGGAGCCGAGAUCUCUUGUGUUACGGCCUGACGAGUCGCCCUACCGCUUCCAGACUCCUUACUUCUGGACUAGCACCCGGUGGCCUGCCUCAGAGCUGGACUAUGCAAUCUAUUUGGCAAAAAAGAACAUAAGAAAACAAGGAGAACUGAUGGAAUAUGAAAAGGAGAGGUACAGUGUGUUACACAAGAGGAUCAACCACACCUGGGACUUUGUGGUGAUGCAAGCCAGAGAGCAACUCAGAGCAUCCAAACAGCGGCGGAAGGCUGACCGCAUUGUACUAGAAUGUCAGGAGCAGGCCUACUGGCUCAUCAACAGACCCCCGCCUGGGGCACAUAAUGUGUUGGACAUGGGUCUGGAGAGACCAAAUAACUUCAGCGCACGAGUUACACUGAACAGUGACUACUUCAAAAGUGAGAUCGACACUUAUAGAAGGGCCCUUGGAAGAAACCGUGUAAAGUCAUCCAUCUGCCUAGAAGGUUUUGUGAAAUACAGCGAGCAGUACCUGAACCAUGACCCCAUUAUGCAAGGCUGCCUUCCCAGUAACCCCUGGAUCUCUGAUGACACCGCACAUUGGACAAUGAAUUCAGAAAUGGUACCUACACCGACACGUCUUCGAGUUGAACGUUGGAGCUUCAGCUUCAUGGAGCUCCUCUGUGACGACAUGGGGAGGCGGGAGUUCAUGACCUACCUGGAGAAAGAGUUUAGUGCGGAGAACCUGUGUUUCUGGCAGGCCUGUGAGGAGAUUAGGCACGGAGAAAGUUCCAAGAUCAUAGAGAAAGUGGAAGACAUCUACAAGAACUUCCUGGCUCCCGGAGCUGCCCGUUGGGUCAACAUCGACAGUAAGACGAUGGUUAAAACUCUUGAGGGGAUCAGACACCCGCAUCGUUUCGUCAUGGACGACGCACAAAUGCACAUCUACUUUCUCAUGAAGAAGGACUCUUACCCAAGAUAUCUGAAGUCUGACCUAUACAAGAACAUGCUGGUCAAAGCUAUUGUCCCCCAGGAGACAAAGAAGAGCGUGUUCCCCUUCAUGAGACGCCAGCGGCACUCUAGCCCCUCCCCCGCUCAGGCCGUCGCCCAGACGAUGGACGAAGACGGGCACGCCAAGGGGGCCGGGCAUGCAGGUACCAACUCUGCAGGCGGCUCCCAUGUCUGAUGUCGGGCCAAAAAACAAAAAAAACAAAAACGUGACAAUCUCGGCCUCCAUUGUCUCUGUCGGUCACCAUAGCAACCACCCAAGGAGUUCUCUGCUUUUUCUUUCAAGUCAAGCUGUCUGUGUGAAAGCCACAACGCUUCAACAGUACCAGAGCUAGGACUUCAACGUUAGAGCUUCCUCUCAGAGCACAGGUGUUAAUGCGUACCUCAGCAGCAUCACAUCUUAUUCCCCGAGCACGGGCAGCGAACAGCAGAGAGGAAAAAGAGCUUUUAGUGCUGCGUAGUCAUCCAGCAUCCCAUCCCAUCUCAAACAAUCUGUCCCGUUCUUCAUAUUGACUCCUAAUACCAAGUCUUUUUUUCUCCCUCAGUAGCUUUUAUAUAGAAUCUACUCUGUCUCUCAUAAGCAGGUUUAAACAAAAGCAUUGUUUAUAGAGCAAUUGAGAUGUAAAAUAUGUAUUUAGUCAAAACUUUACCUCAGCAUGUGUACGAUUAUCGUACAGUUUGCUUGUUUUGUUCAUCCCAUGCCGGUCGUCGCUGUUAAUUUUGCUCGAGCAUGUUUUUCAUCCCAAUAAAAUGUCACAACAGCAUUCAGUGUUGUGUUGUGCUCUCAGCGCUGCAUGCCGUGGUGAACUGUGAGUGUGGAUCUGCUUUUAUUCUUUGACUUCCUCUCGCUCCUCUCUGCUCUCUUUCAUUCAUGUGUUCUAUUUCUUUGUAGACGUGGGAUCUAUUUUAAGCACAAAGCCUUUAUAUGGUUUGUUUUAGCAUUUAUUAAACUCCAGAUGUGAAGGUUUUGUAAUGAUGAAGUACUGAGUAGAGUUCAGUCACUCAGCCCAUUUCACAGCUACUUCCAGAAGCUUAAAAACCAGCUGCUAUUUGCAGAAAACAUUUGCUCAGGUCUGUUUCCUACAGUGACAUCUGUCUGCACAUGCUGUUCUCUCUCUCGCUCUCUCUUCCGCUACUGUGUCUGAACUUAGUAACUUCUUUUCACACCUUCCUUCUUCAUCUAAUAACCUUUCGGGUUUUACUUCCCUCCAUUUAGUCCCGAGGGAGCUGCAGUUUCUUUCCUUUUCACUGGACUGGCUCCCUCUACUGGCUGUAUGCAGUCAAAGUAAUACUAGUUUUACUUAUUCCUGUAAAUUAGUGGAUCCAAACCAUUUUGUCUUGUGACCCCUAAAAAUGAACAAUGUCUACCCUUUAGUUAAUAUGAGUUGUGAGCAGUUCAACCACCAUUUUAUUUAAAGGGGAACUACGCCCAUUUUCAAAAAUCAUACACUUUUAUUCCUAUGAUCUAAGACAGUCCGAAAACUAGAAAAACUCUUAACUAGGGUUAUCAUAGGGUAUAAAGUGAACAGUGAAUGGGAGACUGAUUUUGAGAACCCACAGGGUGUUUAGUCAGUUGUGAAACAGAAAAUGUUCCCAUAUACUUAUUAUAUUAUGUAGUCAUUGUCUGUGGAU